AUGGAGCGCCUAUAUGUACAGGAUAACUUUUUUGAAGGGUCCCCACCAUCAACUAUGAGUUCCAUGAGAGGCCUUCAAGUUUUGAACGUUUCGAACAACCGAUUUUCUGGCCAAAUCCCGAAAUAUCUAGCAUCACUAAAUCUAAUGAAUUUGAGCCUAUCCUACGACAAUUUUGAGGGUGCAUUGCCUAUAGGAGGAAUUUUCAAAAGCACCACUUCAACUUCAGUUGCUGGAAACAAGAAGCUUUGUGGGGGUUUGCUAGAUUUUCAACUACCGAAAUGCGACUAUGAAGAGUUAAAACAAAGGAGAAUAAGUGGAACUGCUAAAGUUUCGAUAUCCGUAGUCUCUGCUCUUGUAGGAGUAGCCUGCAUAUUUUCUUUGUUAUACUUCUUAUGGUUUAGACACAAUAAGAAAGCGUCUACUUCAAGCUCUUCUGAAGAUGGGUUUUUGCAUGUUUCUUAUCACAGUCUACUAAAAGCGACAGGUGGAUUCUCUUCCACCAAUUUGCUUGGCGUGGGCAAUUUUGGGUUCGUGUAUAGAGGACUUCUUGAUCAAACUCAGUUGAUUGUGGCCGUCAAGAUUCUCAACCUUACAUGUCAUGGAGCUUCCAAUAGCUUUGUAGCAGAGUGCGAGGUCUUGAGAAGAAUCCAACACCGUAAUCUUGUGAAGGUGCUCACCGUGUGUUCUAGGUUUGAUUUUAAAGGAAAUGAUUCCAAGGCAUUGGUCUACGAAUUCAUGGAAAAUGGAAGCUUGGAUGAGUGGUUGCACCCAGUUGCAUCACAAUAUACAGAGAGAAGCAAGUUGAGUCUACUUGAGAGAGUGAACAUUUCCAUUGAUGUUGCUUGUGCACUAGAUUAUUUCCCUCAUCACUAUGAAAUGCCAAUAGUUCAUUGUGAUCUAAAGCCAAGCAAUAUCCUUCUUGACGAUGAAAAGACUGGACAUUUGGGCGAUUUCGGGCUUGCGAGGUUCCUCCCAGAAGCAAUGCAUAAGUUACUGGCCAAUCAAUCGAGCUUUGUCAAAGUCAAAGGAUCUUUUGGCUACAUAGCUCUAGAGUAUGGCAUGGGAAGUGUGGUAUCCACACAAGGAGAUGUGUAUAGCUUCGGGGUCCUCAUUUUGGAGAUGUUCAUAGGCAAGAGGCCAACCGAUGACAUGUUUGAAAAUGGGUUGGACCUUCAUCACUUUGCAAAGGCAAUGUUGACGGACCAAGUGGAGAAGGCAAUUGAUCCCGUCCUACUUCAGGAAAUCGAGGAAUUGAAUAAGACACAAAGAGUCACUCCGGAGGGCAAGAACAAAAGCUGGAGCAACAUUCAGGACUGUUUGGCUUCAAUUAUCAAAAUAGAAUCACUUGCUCUUCCAAGUCUCCAAGGGAACGAAUGGACAUCGACGAUACAUUGA